CAUUGCCUGAAAAAUCUCCAGCACCACCAUCACCACCGCCACAACACCCAGAUCAACUCUGUAACAAGUAUAAGAACACCCCAAAUCAUCAAAUUUCCAAUCUUUUCACAGCCCCUUUGAUUGUAUUUAUUUAUUGUAUUUGGAUUUCAUAUGUCAAUGUUGAGAAGGAGAAAAGGACCAGAACCACCACCACCGGAAAAGACUCAUGAGAAUGAAAUUGAAGAUGAUAACGACAAUAAGAAGAAAAAUAAAUCACCGUCAACAGAGGAAUCGACUAAGAAGAGAGGGGGGAGAUUCUCUUGUGUUGAUAAUUGCUGUUGGUUUAUAGGAUGUGUUUGUUCAAUAUGGUGGUUGUUAUUAUUUUCAUAUAAUGCUAUGCCGGCAUCAUUUCCGCAAUAUGUAACGGAAGCAAUAACUGGUCCAUUACCUGAUCCACCUGGUCUUAAAUUACAUAAAGAAGGGUUAAUUGCUAAACAUCCGGUUGUAUUUGUACCUGGGAUUGUUACUGGUGGUCUUGAGCUAUGGGAAGGCAAGAGUUGUGCUGAUGGAUUGUUUAGGAAAAGACUUUGGGGUGGUACAUUUGGUGAAGUCUACAAAAGACCUUUAUGUUGGGUCGAACAUAUGUCACUGAACAAUGAGACUGGUCUGGAUCCUGAUGGUAUACGAGUUAGGCCGGUCACUGGACUUGUUGCAGCAGAUUAUUUUGCACCUGGAUAUUUUGUAUGGGCAGUCCUGAUUGCCAAUUUGGCACGCAUUGGGUAUGAAGAGAAAACCAUGUAUAUGGCUGCAUAUGACUGGAGAAUAUCAUUUCAGAAUACUGAGGUGCGGGAUCAAACCCUUAGCCGAAUUAAAAGUAAUAUAGAAGUCAUGGUGGCGACAAAUGGUGGUAAAAAGGUUGUCGUCAUUCCACACUCAAUGGGUGUUCUGUACUUCUUGCACUUCAUGAAAUGGGUUGAGGCACCAGCUCCCAUGGGUGGUGGUGGUGGAUCGGAUUGGUGUGCGAAGCAUAUAAAGGCAGUGAUGAACAUAGGUGGACCAUUUUUAGGGGUUCCAAAGGCAGUUUCAGGACUUUUCUCCUCUGAAGCAAAAGAUGUUGCCGUUGCGAGGGCCAUUGCACCAGGUGUCUUGGAUAAGGACUUGUUUCGUCUUCAAACUCUGCAACAUGUAAUGCGUAUGACCCGCACAUGGGAUUCAACGAUGUCAAUGAUACCAAAGGGUGGAGACACUAUAUGGGGUGGUCUUGACUGGUCGCCUGAAGAGGGCAAUGUUUGCAAUCUGAAAAAACGAAAGAGCAACAGUUCUCAGGUUGUAGAUCAAAAUGGGACAGUCGCCGAAGGAUGUACGACGAAAAAGGCACAUUACGGGCGGAUGGUAUCAUUUGGGAAAGAUGUAGCAGACGCUCCUCCAUCUGCGAUCGAACGUAUAGAUUUUAGGGACGCUUUUAAAGGUCACAACCUUGCGAAUUCGACUUGUGAUGAUGUAUGGACGGAGUACCAUGAUAUGGGCUUUGCUGGUAUCAAAGCUGUUGCAGAUUACAAGGUCUAUACUGCCGGAUCAAUUAUAGACCUGCUCCAUUUUGUUGCUCCAAAGAUGAUGAAACGUGGAGAUGCUCAUUUCUCACAUGGUAUAGCUGAGAAUCUGGAUGAUCCUUUGUAUGAUCACUACAAAUAUUGGUCAAACCCCUUGGAAACGAAAUUGCCGAAUGCACCUGACAUGGAGAUAUUUUCUAUGUAUGGUGUUGGAAUACCUACUGAGAGAUCAUACGUAUACAAGUUGACUCCAACCAGUGAGUGCUACAUCCCAUUUCAGAUAGAUACCUCAGCUGAGAGUGGCAAAGAGGAAGAAGGGAGCUGUCUUAAAGGCGGUGUCUAUACAGCUGAUGGAGAUGAAACUGUUCCUGUUCUAAGUGCUGGUUACAUGUGUGCAAAAGGUUGGCGUGGGAAAACUCGGUUCAAUCCUUCUGGAAUUAAAACUUACAAUAGAGAAUAUGAUCAUGCUCCUCCCUCUAACCUCCUAGAAGGUCGAGGAACACAGAGUGGUGCACACGUUGACAUAAUGGGAAACUUUGCACUCAUUGAAGAUGUUAUAAGGGUAGCUGCAGGAGCUACAGGAGAAGAAUUAGGCGGUGAUCAAGUUCACUCUGAUAUCUUCAAGUGGUCUGAAAAAAUCAAAUUGAAAUUGUAGUUUGAUACAUCUUACUGCUAUACCAUUCAUUACGGAUUUGGCUAUCUGUACAUUGUAUGUUAUUUUUCAUUCUAUUUUUUUUUAUUUUUGAAAGGGCAGUGUAAUUUAAAAGGUCAGUGUAACUGUAACCCUUUUAUUGAUUAUUAUGUAAAGCAGGAGAGAUGAUUACACGAGUAGUGGGGGAUCUGGUCAGUUCAUUUACAAUAACGUUACGAAGAAAAUCCGCCAAGACACAAGGACACAAAUUUUGAAUUUCAUCUGCAGCAUGAGAUGCCAGACCAUCCGCAGCUUGGUUGCUUCUCGGUGGACGUGGUUGUCCCAAUUAGUUGGAAUUGUUGACAUAGGCACCAUAUAGUGUGCAUUGAAGUAGCUAAUACCAUGGUGUUGGAGGUUUACUUUGUACCGGUUGUAUCAAAAGUGUUAGUCUGAUGAGAGGUGGUUGUGUAAAAUAACUCAUGCAUCAAGCUAGCAGUGAAAAAGAUUGUUGGAUGCUAGAUUCUUGGUAGUUGACACAACGAGGCUAAAACGUAGAUGGUCUUGGUAGCCGGCAGAGCGAGGCUAAAGCCACGUUUGAGAUUGUUUUUUUCCUUACAAAAUAUACUUUGUAACCCACUUGUAAUAAAGUUACUGGAUGGUAAAAUUUUUCCAAAA